AUGUGGUACCUCCAAUCUGCUCAUCCAGAACUCGGCACAGUGACGACCAUGGGACUGUCGAUGGCAGCAGGGAUCAUGACCUCGAUUCUUCUCGAGACAGCCCUGCUUCACCUUGGUCGUGAUCGACUCACUUUGAGAGUCGCUGCCAGGACGGCGACAGGGAUGAGCAUGAUAUCUAUGUUCGCGAUGGAAGUAGCUGAAAAUGCCGUCGACUAUGGUCUUACGGGUGGUUGCGUCGACUUGGAAAGUCCAUAUUUUUGGGUGGCUGCUGCAACAUCGGCAUUGGCAGGCUUCUUGGUCCCGUUGCCGUACAACUACUUCAGACUACGAGCCCACCGUAAGUCUUGCCACUGA